AUGGAGACAAUAAUUUUUGAAGAUUGGUUAGAAAACCAAUUCAUUCCAUUCGUGAAAAAAGAUGAGGAAAAUGACAGUGAAAACAAUGAGGUCGUUGAUACUGUUGAGCAUGGUGAAGAAGGUGAUGGAAAUGAACUUAAGUCACAAAACAUUGGAGGACACGCAAAGUUCGUCGUUGAGGCUAUGAUACACAGACCACCUUCUCCAGAACUAGCUGAAGAUUUAUAUAUGCUUGACAUAGGUGAUAAUCUAUCUGUGCUUCACGAACAAGACGUUGAGCCACCGGUCAUAACAAUCCGAGGAGAUUUUACAACUGGAGAGUCGGAAGAACAAAUAUUAUGGGAAGAUAAGGAUGUGCCUAUUGUAGAAGAAUAUGUUGUGGAACCUAGCGGUGACUCAACAGCCUCUACGUCACAUAAGAGUGGACUAACCAGCAAGGAAGAUAACACUGAAAAAAAUAAUUCUGUUAGAGAUUUGGCGAAAGAUGCUUAUUGUAUAUUUAGUAAUGAAGGGAGCAGGUUCCUAGGACAAAUACGAAAAGUAAAUUUGUCAACCGCGACUGUCAUGGUUUCAGCUUUCCAAAAAUCCUUUUUAGGAGGUUGGAAGUGGCCUUCAAAAGCCGAGAUAUUAAAAGUAAAGGUAUCGGAUAUAGUAAGUAUCGUAAAAGAACAUCAAAUCUCCAAGAAAGGUGGUAUAACAUACAUAGAAGAUGAAAUUUUAUUCAUGGAGUGGGGAAAGUAA